AUGGGGUGCGUAAUUCCCGAAUGUGAGAACACUUCCACGGCUACCUUCGCUCCACCUUGGAUCCUGGACGCAGUGCCAUCGUCGGGUGACAUCCUGGACAACUGUCACCGUUAUGCAACAACAAGUAUAGCAGGAAAUACUUCCGACUGUUCAGCAGAAUUGUUUGACACCAACUCGACUUUGCAAUGCGAGGAAUAUGUUUAUGAGCACAAAACUUCCGCUUUUUAUGAGUUUAAUCUGGCUUGCGACGACUUCCUCCCGACCCUGGUCGGCUCCGUGAACACCCUGGGCAUGAUGGUCUGCCUGCCCAUCACGGGGCUCAUCUCCGACCGCUACGGCCGGCGGCUGGCGCUUGCGCUCACCAACUUCAAUCUAGCUUGGAUUGGGAGCUUGACUUAUUUUGCGGGCUCGUACGCAAGCUACAUUUCUCUGUCAUUUCUGACGAAUCUUUUUGGAUCUUGUUAUUUCUCCUGCGCUUAUAUUUUAGGUAAGCUAUGAAAAAAUUA